AUCGUGAUUUUCAUGUUUUCUCAUCUAAAAGUUUAUUGAUAAAAGGUUAACCUUGUGUUUAUUGAGUGGUUUCAUUUAGAAACCCCCAAAAAACAUCUAGAUAAACACUAUGUAAGGAUUACGGAGAUCACUUAAAGUAAAUUAACCGUUAUGGAGUUUGCGGAUCUAAUUGCAACACCUAAAUUGGAUGGGGUUAUUUUACACAGUCCGUUUCAUGACCCCGUAGAUGGUACUUUAUGUGUUUCGGGUCAUCAUUUGAUACUUUCUUCAAGAAAAGAGGAUGUACAAGAAUUAUGGCUGUUACAUCAAAGUAUUGAUUUAGUUGAGAAAAAACCAAAUGGUACUAAUUCAAAUUAUCAAAAUGGAGGAACGAUAAUUUUAAAAUGCAAAGAUCUCAGAAUACUCCAAUUAGAUAUCGCAGGAACUGAAGAAUUUUUAAACGUUUACGCUUCAAUCGAAAGAUUAUCCAACUUAGAAGACACCAGCUCAUUAUAUCCAUUCUUUUACCGUCCUAUGUACAAUAUUUUAGAGGAUGGUUAUACAUUAUUUAAACCAGAAAUAGAAUUUGCAAAACUUUUGGCUAGUGAUGAGUGGAGAAUAUCUCAUGUUAAUAAAAACUUUUCAGUUUGUCCAACUUACAGCUCUACAUUAAUUGUACCAAAAUCAAUUGAAGAUGAUAUGAUUAUCGCGUCAUCUAAUUUCAGGGAAGGUGGAAGAUUUCCUGUAUUGAGUUAUCGACACGAAAAUGGGGCUGUUCUUUUAAGAAGUAGUCAACCAUUAUUGAGCAACAGCAACAGAAGGUGCAGAUCUGAUGAAAAAAUUUUAAAUACAAUCUUAGGAACUGGAAAAAAAGGCUAUAUCAUUGAUACAAGAUCAACUAGCUAUGUUAAUCAAUGCAAAUCGAAAGGAGGUGGAACUGAACCAGAUGGACAUUACCCCCAAUGGAGGAGGAGUCAUAAAAAUUUAGAUAAAAUAGCUAAUUGUAACGGAUCUUUAUUAGAUUCUUUGUCUAAAUUAAUUGAUGCAUGUAAUGAUACAAAUUCUUCUUCUGAUAAAUGGCUCUCUCGAGUAGAAAGUAGUAAUUGGUUAACUCAUCUUAUGAAUUCAUUAAAUAUUGCUUGUUUAAUCGCUCAAUGUUUAGAUCAAGAAGGUGCAUCCGUCCUAGUUCAUGGUACUUUAGGUAUGGAUUCAACACUUUUAGUUACAUCAGUAGCUCAAGUAAUUUUAAAUCCGGAUUGUCGAACGGUUCGUGGAUUACAAGCUCUUGUUGAAAGAGAUUGGCUCCAAGCCGGGUAUCCCUUUCAAACUAGACACGCAAAAUUUUGUUACUCAACAGCAAGAAAUAAAAGUCAACAACCAACGUUUUUAUUAUUUUUAGAUUGUAUUCAACAAUUACAUUAUCAAUUCCCGUGUAGUUUUGAAUUUACAACUCAAAUGCUCAUUUUGUUAUUUGAACAUUCCUAUUUUAGUCAAUUUGGUACAUUCCUGGGUAAUUGUGAAUCGGAUCGUGAAAAAUUAAACGUCGCUCGAAAAACAACUAGUUUAUGGUCGUAUUUAAAUCGUCCCGAUGUUUUAACUUCGCUUUUAAAUCCUUUGUAUGAACCGAACAAAAUGGCUAUUUGGCCAAGUGUAGCCCCGGUUAGUUUAGUUUUAUGGAACGAAUUGUAUUUGAGAUGGACAAUCGAUCAGGUUCAACAAAAAAAAGCGAUGGCAAAAAUAAGCACUUUAAUACAAAAUGAUAAAAAUGCCAGAAGUAAAGUGAUCAAAUUGAGAAAACAAGUUUUAGAUUUACAAAAAGAAUACGACACUAUUGUUAAUAUUGAAGAAGCUAUUGAAGACGAAACGGGUAGUGGCUAAAAUGUGCUUUAAAAAUCUCUUUCAGAAAAUGAUUCUCUAGUCAUGAAAUUAUUUUUUAUUUCUUUUUGUAUGGUUUUGAUUUGAUAAUAAAAAGGCAAGAGAACAAAGAUAUUUUUGUUGGGUUUAAGAGAAAUUUAUAAAGGGGUGUUUAAAAACGAAUUGAAGAAAAUUGAUAUGACAUAUUUAUAAUAACUUAAUAAAAAAGGCACGGUACUUCUAUUUUGUAAUAGAUUUACGCAAAAAUUGAAUUAAAACAAAGUAUUUUCUAGAUUUAAACUAUGCUUUAAAAUUAAUUGUAAGCAACAAUUUAUGGCUCUAAUAAAAUGAAUCAAAAUAUA